CAAAGAGGGUCAGAGCCCGUCAGUCCUGACAGAAGAUCUCUGGAUUUCCCCUUCAAACCAAAAAAAAUCUGUAUUUUAUCUAUUUUAAGCGGAAUAUUUCAGCUAUUUAUCCCCAUCUUCUUCAAUAAACCGCUUUUCUCCUUCGAGAGGCAGAAGAAAGCAUCGCUUUUAAGGAUGCUCUGAGCCUUUUCCCAUCUGAACCUGUGAAGCGAGAGAGGUGGAACGGGUGGAAAGAGGCGGCUGACAUCCCCAAAACGCCUUCAGCACUUUAUCGUCGGCAGCAGGGGGCUCGGCGGAGGGCGGGCGGCGCGCACUGAACCAUGGCUGGAUGCUGCGUGUCGGCGGAGGAGAAGGAGAACCAGAGGAUCAACGAGGAGAUCGAGAAGCAGCUGCGCAGAGACAAGAAGGACUCCCGCAGGGAGCUGAAGCUGCUGCUGUUAGGCACUGGAGAGAGUGGAAAGAGCACCUUUAUCAAACAAAUGAGGAUUAUCCAUGGAGGAGGAUACACAGAUGAGGACAAGAGGAGCUACUCCAAACUGGUCUACCAGAACAUCUACACGUCCAUGCAGGCGAUGAUCCGAGCCAUGGAGGCACUCAGCGUAUCCUUCUCUGAUCCCCAGAACCAGAGUCAUGCAAACUUAGUCCUGGAGGUGGAAGUGGACAAGGUGGAGGAGUUAGAUCAAAGCCUCGUGGCAGCCAUCAGGAGUCUGUGGGACGACGCAGGAAUACAGGAGUGCUACGACCGACGCAGGGAAUACCAGCUGUCUGACUCCACUAAAUACUAUCUCACCGACCUGGAUCGAAUUGCACAGCCCUCUUAUAUACCUGACCUGCAGGAUAUCCUCAGAGUCCGAGUGCCAACCACGGGUAUCAUCGAAUACCCCUUUGACAUGGAGAAUGUCAUCUUCAGGAUGGUGGAUGUCGGGGGUCAGAGGUCAGAGAGGAGGAAGUGGAUCCACUGCUUUGAGAACGUCACCUCCAUCAUCUUCCUGGUGGCGCUCAGCGAGUACGACCAGGUCCUGGCCGAGUGCGACAACGAGAACCGUAUGGAGGAGAGCAAGGCCCUGUUCAAAACCAUCAUAACCUAUCCCUGGUUCCAGCGCUCCUCCGUCAUCCUCUUCCUCAACAAGACCGACAUCCUCAAGGAGAAGAUCAUGUACUCUCAUGUAGCCACCUACUUCCCAGAAUUCACAGGACCUGAGCAGGAUGCAACAGCAGCUCAAGAAUUCAUCCUGAAAAUGUACCAAGAACAAAACCCGGACAAGGACAAGACACUGUACCCUCACUUUACCUGCGCCACAGACACGGAAAACAUCCGCUUCGUCUUCGUGGCCGUCAAAGACACCAUCCUCAGACACAACCUGAAGGAGUUCAACCUGGUGUGAAGAGGAGCAGCAGGACAGGAGAGGAAGCAGAGGGAUGCAAGAUGGUGGAAGGAAGGACGUGGGGAGGACACGAGGAAACAAACCUUUACUGAGCUUUUCCUAAACAGAGAACACUUAGAUUUUACAGAGUUCCUCCCUGUUUCCCAACCACUGAUUCUUGGUUUCAUUUUUCAUCUUUUGUGCCUGUAGAAGUCAAGCCAAAGAAUUUAUGAACAUGUACCAGACAUAACCAAGCUACUGGUGUCUGAAAUGCAGUUUUUGUUUGUGUGUUUUUGUAGUUGCUGCUUGUUUUACUACUUCUUAAAAUCUGAGAGCUUUAACUGAUAAACAAUUUCCGCUAAUGCAUUAGCUGUUUGUAGGACUUCCCUUUAGUCCUGAGUUUUGUGAUUUCAUAUUGAGUGAAUAUUUUUCAGCCUUUUCUAACACUGAGCCAUCUGUGCCUGCAAUGCCUUAUUUCCUCAGGACGGUCAGCACAGCCACUGACUUUGUUUUAGAUGUAAAUAA